GCUUUCCCUUUAAGAGGGAGGUGAAUGACAGGCAGCAGGAGCGAGAAUGUUGGAAACUGAACACCAGAAAGUCAUUCUGGAGUGAAGGGAGGCUGGAUCUGCGAGAGUGCGACACAUUUAUCAGCUGUGCGCUUGGAGUCUCAGGUUGUGCUGUAAACCGUUGAUAGACAGAGGCGUAUUAUUCAUUGACACGAGGGGAAACCACAUUUUGCAUGCGGCGUUAUCGAUUCUGCGGGCCCAGAGACUACGGAAAGACUGAAGGAAUAAAGUUUGUGGAGCGCACAGUUCUUUUGGAGUUGAAUGUGUGAGCCCAGUCCACCUGCUCUGCAUCCCCACGCCAAGGGCAAUGUGACCAUGGUGGGUGUUGGUAUCAAGCUUGAAGACGACGAAUCAGGAGGUAGAGUCGUCCACAGAGAAUCCCAGCAGUCCUCUCCAGUCAGUGAUUGGUCAGUUCGGCACCUGUCAGACAGAGACGACUCUGAGAAGUCAGCGCCCCCUAAUGCACAAUCUCCUUUGGCGAGCUCUCCCAGUAAAGACCCUAUACGAUCAUACACACCUGCCAGUCAAGAUGGAGGCAGCAGAGCUCAUGAUAAGUCUGACAGCAAGCCUAAUGUCAGUGAGGUGAUGCCUACUAUUGAAAAACUUCUGAAUACAGACUGGAAAGAAAAGUUCCUUGGGAAGGGUCUUCAUGGCAGUGUCAACCUAAAAGGAACCCCAGAGAGUCUGGCAGAAAAGGAGCUUCAGUUGUUGUUGAUGAUAAACCAGCUCUCUGGUCUGCGAGAGCAGCUGCUAGGAGCUCAUUCUGAGCAGAGGAACAUGGCUGCUCUGCUGCUGGAGAAACAGCAGCAACAGAUGGAACUGGCAAGGCAGCAGCAAGAACAGAUUGCCAAACAGCAGCAGCAGUUGAUCCAGCAGCAACAUAAAAUCAACUUACUGCAGCAGCAGAUUCAGCAGGUAAACAUGCCAUAUGUUAUGAUCCCUGCCUUUCAUCCCAAUGCCCAACCGUUGCCAGUCACCUCUGAAGCCCAGAUGGGUUUGCCUCUGCAGCCCAUUCCCUGCAAACCAGUGGAGUAUCCCAUGCAGUUGCUGACCAAUCCACACUCCACCCCAGUCAAAAGGUCCAGUGGUACAGUCUUUCGCCAGGAUACCAGUCAACCUCUCAACCUCACGGCUAAACCCAAGACCCCAAGUCCACAGGCACUGGAAAUGGCCCACUUGCAGACCGGGUACCGACCCAGAGAUCUGCCGCACAGCCCUCCACGAUCUGCCCUCAGCCUGAGCUUCUUGGGAGAGGGUGAUGUUGUGACACAAGCCAUUCAUGAUGCCCAGCAGCUGUUGCGUGGAGGACAAGGCCCGACAGGCCGAGAGAGAGACCGUGAGAGGGACAACAACACAAGGCUGGAGGCGUCUCGAGACCGGAUGGAUGACGGACAGUCCCUGCGGACGAUUGAGGACCACCUCAGCAGUGACUCUGAGGGGCAGAUGGCGAUCUCUGGUGUGGGAAGCUUUGGUGAGUCCCGGACUCCCUCCUCUGGCCACAUCAAACGUCCCAUGAACGCCUUCAUGGUGUGGGCCAAAGACGAAAGACGACGUAUCCUGCAGGCGUUCCCUGACAUGCACAACUCCAGUAUCAGCAAGAUCCUUGGUUCCCGGUGGAAGUCCAUGUCCAAUCAGGAGAAGCAGCCGUACUACGAAGAGCAAGCCAGACUGAGUCGGCAGCAUCUGGAACGUUACCCAGACUACAAAUACAAACCCCGGCCGAAGCGGACCUGUAUCGUGGAGGGUAGACGACUGCGGGUCGGAGAGUACAAGGCCAUGAUGAAGAGUCGACGACAGGAGCAACGAGUUACUUACCCUCCAAGCCAAUCAGAGCAGCAGCUACCGUACCCCUCCAGCGAAGGACAGUACCCGACCACGCCGGUGUCAAUGGCCCCAUUGCCCUUGCACCCUGCCCUCCUGGAGCACUACCUUCCUCGGGGUCUGGAGCCCCCAAAAGGCCAAGCGAGCGAGAUGCGAGAGGCUGUGAGGCCCAGACAGCCCUACAGCGAAGGGGAGGAGAGUGACGCGGGUGAACGCAGUGAGGGAGAGCUGGUUGUCCUCACUGACUGAGACAGAGCAAUUAAAUAAUCGGAGGACAGAGAGGGUGGAAAAUGCGAUGAAUGAGAUGGAGAAUAUAAUUGGGAUAUUUUGCAGUCCCUACCUACAACAUGGUGUCCAAUAAAUGGUAUAGGUCAGUGUUUUUCUGUCCAGUUGUGAGGACGUCCUGGUUUCAAAUCCGCCAGAUCGGUCACAUGGUUCUCUAGGGUUGGUUAGGAAGGCAGCAGACAUGAUAAACGAGGCACAGAUCUUCAUUUUUCAGAUUUUUCCAGUGGUGUAGGCCAGACAUCCAGGAUAGGUCUUACAUACUGACCACAGCUUGGAAAAUGCAAGACUUUUUCAAUCUAUGAUAUUCAUUGUCGAGUCUUUUGAAGGCAUUGUGAAGCUGAUGUUCAAAAAUGGUUUUACAAAUCAUCAAAUGUCACUGCAUUUAUUAUGGAGUAAAUGUGAUCUGUGAUGUGCAUAAGCAAUUGCACGAGAACCGGCUUCUCUAUAAGGGGUACAGAUAGGUAUAUUCACUGUUGGCUUAUCUGAAAAAGUUCCACAUUUGACGCCAUGUCAAAUGAUUGGCAAUAAUAGCGUGAAACAGUUCACACAAAAAUGAAACGAGAUUAUGGUCAGUAUACUAUGGGCGGGGAAAAAAAAAUCAUUUUUGCAUGAACUAUUUCUUUAAAUAGUCAAAGCGUGAAGAGCUAUGAAUCAUUUUGCCAUAGAAAAAAAAAAAAAAAACUGAACCCCUCUCUGUGUUAUAAUGCUUCUUGAUGUCACCAGGGUUUUCCUGCAAAAGUUCCUGUUAAGACUGUGCCAAGGUACUUUCCAGAGCUCAAGGCCUGAGCAAAAAAAAGAAAAAGAAAACAAGUGGACUUGGACAAAGGAAGGAACAUUCCUGAACUCCUUGUCCAGUUUAUUAUAUCAGAUAAUGACGAUUAGUGGCUGUUCUGUUACAGAGAUUUAAGCAGCCUGCCCCUUUAAGACUCGCUAAGGGCAGCUAAGGUUGGUGGCGUCCUCUGCUGUUUGAAUAUGGGUACUGCACUUAAAAUAUUUCCCCAGGUCAUCAAAUCAUAUUUUUGUUUCUUUUGAUUUAGUGCAGAAUAAUCACUUGAAAUGCACUUUCCCCAUCUAAUAUAUAUAUUUUCAGACCCUCAUGAUCCAUAAUAUAACUUUUUUUUUUUUUUUUUCAGAGUAGAAUUUGCACUUGAUGUACAUAUGCAAAUAAUUUCUACUAUUCAUUUUGUGAAAGGAGAUGUGAAUAAUGCCCUUCCCUCAGAUUGCUCCCAUUUUUUUUAAAUUUUGGUUUACUUUUCUAUUUUUGUGUGUAGAGUGAUUUUGUGCUGAAGAAAAUAACGGAGUUAUCAUUCCAGCAGUUCUUAUGACCGGGUCCAUAUUAUUGGGCUGCUAGUCAACUUACAGUUGAGCUGAAAUGUAAGCAUUUUGUUAAAAAUUAUAAACAUUUAUAUUUUAAAAAGGAGAUUUUAGAAGAUAUUUGCCAGUGGACUGUUAGGAUAAACCUAACAUGUUAAAGGAAAUGAUGACAUGUAUAAUAUAGCUGGACACAGAAAUACAGUUUGUAUUUUAUCUGUAGAAUAAACUCAUGGGGAAAAGAAAUAUGAUUCACAAUCUGGACAACUGUUGCAAAACCAGCUGUUGUAAAAUAUAGAUAUAGACUUUAUUUUGUUUAUAAAAGUGUAUAAUUUAAAGGUGUACAUGUUUUUUUUUUUCCUUCUGUAUGUUGCAUUUUCCCAAGCAAGUUUUGUGGUUUGUUUUUGAAGCAUAAAUAAAAAUGUUAUGUUUA